AUGGAUGAUGGAUUAGGAGGAUUGAAUGAUAGAGGCUAUCAAGUUCCUAGAUAUGGAUAUCCAACUAAUGAUAUAAAUGUUGGAUUGGUGAACAAUAGUUAUAUAGGAGACAGUAUAGGAUACAAUUACAAUACUCGAAUUUCUAGGAGCCAUGAGAAUAUUUUUGUUGAAAAUGGCCAUGUGGCUAAAAACCGAGAUGAUCAAGUGGAGUUGAUGUUUUUAUCGGAUGAGGUACGAGAAAAAAACCCCCACACAAGUAUACCGGAACUUGCGGGAUGCAUUAUUGCUACAUCCGAAGAAUCUGUUCCCAAGCUUAGCAAAUAUUUAAAAGAUUGUUUUGUAAAGCUUGGUGACAAGUGUGGAGCGAGAAAAUUUUCAGAGUUUGAUUGA